UGGCUCAGGGCUGUUCGCGCUCUGUUUCUCACCCCGCAAUUUGUGUCCCCUGAACAGAUCGACGAGAUGCCAGAAGCUGCCGUCAAAUCCGCCUCCAAUAAAUACCAAGUCUUCUUCUUCGGGACCCAUGAAACGGCGUUCCUGGGUCCCAAAGACCUCUUCCCCUAUGAAGAGUGCAAGGAGAAGUUUGGCAAGCCCAACAAGCGGAAAGGGUUCAGCGAAGGCUUGUGGGAGAUCGAGAACAACCCGACCGUCAAAGCCUCGGGGUACCAGCAGCCGACCCAGAAGAAGAGCUGCCCAGAGGAUGCAGAGCCUGAGCGGGAGCCGGAGGGCGACGGCGAGAAGAAAGGCAACGCGGAGGGCAGCAGCGACGAGGAGGGCAAGCUGGUGAUCGACGAGCAAACCAAGGAGAAGAACGAGAAGGCUGGGAUCAAGAGGAAAGCGGAAGAUGCCUUGGAGGACUCCCCUAAACGCGCCAAAGAGGCGGAGGGCAAAGAAGGGGAGAAGAAAGUGGAGAAUGAAGAAGCCCCCAAAGAGGGAGAGAAGCAGAAGGCCAGCCCCCCCGAAGGGGAGAAGAACAGCGACCCCACCGGAGUCCCGGAUUCGAGAGAGGCCAAGCAAGAGGGGAAGGAGAAAGCCGCCGCGGAGGAGAUCAGAGGUCACAAGGAGAGUCUGUAGCUGGCCGGCCUGCCCGAGCUGAUCUGAUCGUCUGGGCUGUUCCUUCCCUGCUGGGCUCCCUGGGUGCUAAACAGUUUCGUUCCUCAUCGGCUCGUCGCAUCUGCAAUUCGGGAAAAAAAAGAAGUAAGAAGAAACCAGUAACUCGAACCAUCCCGUCUCUCCCCGCCCACCCGUAGCAGGGCGCAUGCUUGUAAUAGUGAUUUCUAAGGGGCGCUGAUCAGUUGAUUUGAAAUAAAAGCGAUUUCAUGCCUUUUUAAAA